AAAACGUUUCACACAUUCAGUGGUGAAUCGGAUCUCCGAUUAAACACGCGUUUCGUUAAUCGCAUUGAAAAUCAACGCAAAAAAAGUUUUCAAAACUUUUGCCACAGUUUCCCCAUUGAUAUCAAGAGCUCGCGAGUGGACAGGGAGGCCAGGGAUGUCAGCCGAUAGCGAUUACCGGACACAGUUGAUGGAGUUGGCGAACCGGGAGGCCCGGGAGCUGUUGCUUAAUGGCCAGAAGAUUGGCAAACAGGUGACCGCCGAGGGAGGGGUGUUGUCGGAGCUGGUGUUCGCCAUCAAGUCGUUGAACUUCUUGGAGGUGAUCCGAUGCGAGCCGUUUACCACAUUGUCACCGAUGGUCAGGUGUUUGGAGGCCUUGCAGUCGCUGGUCCUCCACAGCAAUGGCCUCACAGCUGUUCCCACCGAAAUCGGUUCGCUAUCGAAACUCAAGUUCUUGGACCUGAGCCGCAAUCAGCUGACAUCCAUACCCGACUCCAUCGGCCAGUUGGCAACCCUGCAGACCCUGAACGUGGAGCACAACCAGCUCGCGGACCUCCCGGACCUGUCCGGACUCAAGUCCUUGCUAUCCGUGAAGCUGUCGGGCAAUCGGUUGACACGAUUUCCAUCGAGUCUUUGUGUGGACUCAUCGCUGCAGCACUUAAGCGAAAUACACGCCAACUGUAACCAAAUCGCUGACAUUCCCCCCACUAUUAGCAAACUGCCGGCCCUUAAGCACCUGGACCUCAGCUCCAACGCCCUGCUGGCACUGCCCGGACAGUUG